AUGGUAGAUGUUAUUGCAGCUGUAGGACCUGAGUUUCAAGCCCCAUCUUAUGAGUCAUUGAGGGUUGGUAUGUUGAAAGAUGCAGUAGAGGAUGUUCAAGAUGUUGUUAAACAACAUCGGUUACAGUGGGAUGGAACUGGUUGUAGUAUCAUGUCAGAUGGUUGGACAGAUAGAAGGAACCAAACUCUCAUUAACUUCCUUGUCUCUUGUGAGAUUGGGACUGUUUUUCUGAAAUCCGUGGAUGCAUCUAAUAUGAUGAAAUCCACAAAUGCAUUGUUUGAGACGUAUGAUGUGGUAGUUACAGAUGUAGGGCCACAAAAUAUGGUUCAAUUUAUCACAGACAACAUUGUUGCUUGUGUUGUUACAGGGAGACUUCUAAUAGAUAAAUACCCUUCCAUGUUUUUUACACCAUGUGCAACACAUUGCCUUGAUCUAACCCUAGAGGACAUUGGAAAAAUUGAAUGGGUUAAGGCAACAUUUCAGAAAACUCACAAGGUUACCAAAUUUGUUUAUAAUCACACGAGGGUUUUAGCUAUAACGUGCUCUUUCACAGGAGGCAAGGAGCUAGUUCAACCAGGGGUGACGAGAUUUGCAACAUAUUUCCUUGCAUUACAAACAUUAUAUGAACAAAAAGGUAAUUUGAGGCGAAUGUUUGUUUCAGCUGAGUGGAUGGAGUCUGGCUUCACAACUCAAGCAAAUGGCAUAGUAGUGGCAGAGUAUAUGUAUUCUACCACCUUUUGGGAAUCUAUUGAACAUAUUGUAGAAUUUUCGGAGCCUUUAGUAAAAGUCUUGAGACUAGUGGAUGGGGAAAAACCCCCCAUGGGAUAUGUGUAUGAGGCCAUGGAUAAGGCCAAAGAGGUGAUAAGGAUUAAGAUGGAAAAUAACAGGGAUAGGUAUAUGCCAUUGUGGGACAUAAUUGAUAGGAGAUGGGAUGGAUAG